AUUUCAAAUUUCGUGCAUUCUGUUGGACUCAAACGAUACCAAGCGCAUGCGCACGAGGUCAGACAGCAUGAAGAAGGCAUACUCGUAGCACUACGUAGUCGCCUUUCAAUAUAUUCUACGUCAAGAGUUUACCGAGAUUAUAUUUAUUGUUUAAAUGACAUCUAUAUAUCAUUAUCACCAUAGAAUACAAAGAAAGAAGAAUUAGGGCUUGAUUAUCAUUAAUUCUGUAAAUAUGGAUACUGGCAAAGUAUUAUGUCCGAUAUGUGCCAAGGAAUUUGCUUCUUCUAUUAUCGAAUCUCAUGCCAGCAAGUGUUUAUUCCUGAAUGAAUCUACAACGAAUGAAAGUACAAUGCUGUUUAAGGACUCCAGCCCCAUGAGCAAAAGAAGCAAACUAAAGCCAGCAAGUGUAAAAAAAGCUAACCAGAUAUCUGUUAAAAGGAAGAAUUCUUUGGACCAAUUUUCCUCCCAGAAUUUCAGGGUUGAAGAAUAUGCUAAGGACAUGCCACAGAAAAAUACAGAAAACGAAUGCAAAAAGUUGUGUGGAAACAAACAUGUACCUCUCGCAGAACAAAUGAGACCUACGUCGCUGCUAAACUUUGUAGGCCAGAAACAUAUCCUUGGACCUCGCACCAUGCUCUCUGAACUCUUGCAAAAAGGCGAAAUACCUAAUAUGAUUCUUUGGGGUCCACCUGGAUGUGGCAAAACGUCUUUGGCCAAUGUCGUCGCGCACAUGUGUAAGAAUGAUGCUAGUUUUAAGCUACGAUAUGUUAAGCUCUCUGCUGCGAUGGCCGGCGUUCAGGAGGUGAAGGAAGUCAUUGGUAUUGCCAGUAAUCAUGUCAAAUAUGCGCAGCGUACGAUAGUAUUCAUGGACGAGAUACAUAGAUUCAACAAGGCGCAGCAAGAUGUGUUUCUGCCACACGUUGAGUCGGGAAUCAUCACUUUGAUUGGGGCCACGACGGAAAAUCCCUCGUUCAGUUUAAACUCUGCAUUGUUGAGUCGAUGCAGAGUGAUUGUUUUGCACAAAUUAUCCGUCGCAAAUCUGUUAUCAAUCUUGAAGCGUGCAGUAAUUUCGUUGGGAGGUAUAAUACAUGCAUCUUCAGAUAAAAACGAAAGCUUUUUGCAAGACAUCAGUGAAGAAAGUACCCUAGAAAAAGACAAAGUCGUCGAAAUCGAAUCGUCUCGCAAUACGAAAUUUAUUAUAGACGAACCGACGAUAGAGUGGUUGGCUGAAACUUGCGAUGGUGAUGCUCGAAUAGCGCUGGGAGGACUAGAAAUGGCAGUACGGUGCAAAGCACCGAAUGAAAAGGAAUUUCUAGACAUUGGUCCAGCCGCAAUAACACUUGAUGACAUUAAGGAAAGCCUAAAGAAAACGCAUAUGUUGUACGACAAAAAGGGCGAACAACAUUACGAUAUGAUUUCUGCGUUACACAAGUCUGUCAGAGCUAGUGACGAAAAUGCAUCGCUUUAUUGGUUAACUAGAAUGAUCGCCGGUGGUGAGGAUCCGGUUUAUAUCGCGCGAAGAUUAGUAAGGAUGGCUACCGAAGAUAUCGGUUUAGCUGAUCCGAAAGCUAUUGGAAUAGCAGUACAUACGAUGCACGGUUGCAAAAUGAUUGGAAUGCCGGAGUGUGAUGUUCUUUUGGCACAAUGUACGACAUAUUUAGCGAGAGCACCAAAAUCUAGAUUAAUGGAAGAUGCACUUAGAGCUGCGCAAAAAGUGAUAGCUGAGCAUAAGGGUCCGCAACCAGGAGUGCCUUUGUACUUGAGGAACGCUCCCACAAGACUCAUGAAAGAUUUAGGAUAUGGUAAGGGAUAUAAUAUGAUGCAUAAGAAUGAAUCUGGAUUAAGCUAUUUGCCAGAGGGAUUGGAAGAUUUAAAUUUCUUUGGAGAUGAUGACGGUACUUAGAAAACGGUGGUGAAUGCGCUUCAGUUUAGAUAUACUUUGUCUUUGUAUUGUAUUAUUUUUUAUUACAAAU